GAGGGCGAUGGGCUUACUCGAAGACUUUUACCACGACAUUACGAACGCGGAUCGCAAAGGUCAAAAGCGCGCGUCGAAGCGAAUCUACAAGCGCCCUCAAGUCAAGCUUGCCGCAUUGGGCGGCAGUGUGCCUCGUCCGCAGACAAGAAGUCAAGAGCCCCAUGAAAAGCUCAGUCACAUGCGUCUUCUCACUGCAAUUCCAAAAGCACGAGGCAAUCAAGACGAUGACCGAGCUGUGCAGUUCAAAGUGGCGUGGAGAGAGGUCUUGGGGACGCGCGACGCUCGAGUUAUUGUCCCGGCGCCAACCCUGGCCUCAAAAAAGCCAAGCGCACCAGGUCUGAGCCUUGAAGGGACAUCCAACUUUUUCCCGUUGCAAUUGUUGCACCGACCUCAGAUCCACAUUUCCAAGUGGACACUCUUGGCAACGGACGACACCUUUGUCAAGAUUGCAGCACACAAUACUCGCAUACGAAAUUUGCGCGCUAGAAGCGCACUUCGUCCCGAAUCCUUUCAAAACAACGAGGACACCACUAGCAUAAUUGCCAACGGCAUGGAAGCCUUGACCGACAUUGGCAUCUUUGCCAUUGCAGAAGCCGUGCGCCGCCUCGAGUGCCUUGAAAUUGCGAAUGCGAUCAAGGUGUCGGACGCAGGUAUGCGCACGCUCGCGCUACACUGCUCUACCCUGAGAACACUCAACAUCUCUGGCUGCACGGGCGUUGCCGGAGCUGGUCUUGGAGCCAUUAGUGACCACUGCACAAACAUGCGCCGCUUGUCCAUUGCGAACUGCAGCCACCUUGAUGAGUGGGUUCUCGUGCGGCUGUUCUACAACUUUCAGCACCUGGAGCACUUGGACGUGGCAGGUUGCGCACAAGUUGCUGACACGACACUCAAAACGCUUGGCUUCCAGUGCCGACAACUUACGUUCCUAAACAUUUCGUUCUGCUCUCAAGUAUCCGACACGGGCGUCGUUAGCGUUGCUCAGUAUUGCACGCGCCUUGAAACGCUGCUUGUUGCGACGCAAAAAGGUCGCGUCAACGAGCGCGUUACCGAUAUUUCAUGUCUCUCGCUCGGCGAGCACUGCCCCAAGCUGCGGGUUCUUAACGUCUCAGGAUGCACAUUUGUGUCAGACGUUGGUAUUGCAUGGCUCGUGCAAGGGUGCUCGCACCUUGAGUCGCUAGACCUCACGUACUGCUUCAAGCUCACGGACGAAGGUCUUCGAAGCAUUGGAGCCAACGCACCCAGUCUCCAUACGCUCCGCAUCGGUCACGCCAAGAACGUUUCGGACGUCGGCCUUCGAUUCGUCUCAGAAGGAUGCCCACAUUUGAAAGUCUUGAGUCUGCGCCAGUUGUACCUGAUUUCGGAUGGUGUCAUGCGAAAUUUUGGUCUUGAGGGUCUUCAGGCCGUCGCCGCCACAUGCCCGCAGUUGUCAGAGCUCGAUCUUGCUGGAUGCUUUCAAGUCGUCGAGCGAGCACUCAAGAGCCUGGGCGCUGGGUGCCGCGAGCUUGUGAAAGUCAGCUUAAAAGGCUGCUACAACACAACACCAUGCGGUAUUAGCCACCUGCUCCACGGCUGCCCGAAGCUCGAGACUCUCGACCUGUCAAACGUCGCACUGACAAGCAACCUUGUGCUUCACGACAUUGCUACGUCGUCGUCGCAUCUAAAAGAGCUCACGCUAGCCUCUUGCGACCGCAUCACAGACCUCGGUAUCCGGCAUCUCGCACGCCUCUCGGAUCAGCUCGUGGUGCUCAACCUCAGCGGAUGCUCCCAUGUUACGGACGUCGGCUUGCUUGCGUUUAUUCAAUCUUUUCGGAACCCAACGCCUGCUCUUUCACAUUUGAUCCUCAAUGGGUGUUCGCUCGUCACCGAUGAGUUCGUGAACCAGUUGGCGUUUGCCUGCUCUACCCUACUCACGCUGAGUUUACACGGUUGCGGUAUGUCGUCGCGUGCGCUUUUUGCACUCAAGACGUCGUGGCCAUAUACCGUGUUUCGGUCGACAUCGUCCGAGCUUGGUGUCUUUCCCGCACACCGCGCCAAAGAGCGCCGAGAGAUUGAUGUCGCGGGCCAGCUCAUCUUGGCAGCUAUCAAAAUCCAAAACACAUUUCGGCAGCGGCAGUCGCGCAUGGCGUUUGCGGCUGCCCAAGAGGCGCACAAGCAGCACGUGGUUGUGUGCCGUAUUCAAAGCUUAUUUCGCGGUCGGCGUGGGCGUCGCAAGGCGCUCUUGGAAAAACUUCUUCAAAGCGGCGAUCACCGCAUGGCCACGAAGAUUCAGCGCUGCUUCCGAGCCUGUCGCAAUAAGAAACACGCACAGGACGAGUAUGAUGCACUACUGGAGAAGCGCUGCAUUGAAGCGGCCAUCUUCGUGCAGCGCCAAUUUCGAGCAACACGGCGCUCGCGUAUUGCAAAAAUUGCUCUAGCAGCCCAUGUUCGGUCGAGCAAAAAGCAGCACCGCGCUGCCGUGGUCAUGCAGCGCCGAUGGCGGGGCAUCACCGGCCGGCGACGCUACAUGCUUGCCCAUGCGGCCAAGAAGGCGCAGGACGCCGCUCAGGAAGAGUCGGCCACGCAGCUGCAGGCACUGCUGCGGGGCCGACGCGCCCGUCAGGAGGCGGCGCGCCGACGGCAACACGAUCUGAUGCGCUCGUCUGAAGAGCAGGCUGCUGCGAUCACACUGCAGUCUCAGUACCGCCAGCGCCUCGCUCGGCGUCAGCUUGCUGCGCGCCGAGAGCAUUUGGCGCUUUUCCACCAUAGUGCCAUGAAGAUGCAAUCGGUGUGGCGUGCUCGUCAAGGACGUAAUUUUCUGGGCGUUCUUCGCAUGGCCCAGCGCCGUCGAGACGAAGACGCGGCCGCUACAUACAUUCAAAGACAAUGGCGGGACCGCAAGACCUUUUUGCAGCGCGUUUGGGAGCUCGAGCUUCGCCGUCAGCUACAUACGCAACAAGGCACAGCGGCGAAGCGCCUUAGCUUGUGGUGGACCCACGUGCUUGAGCGGCGGGUAGCGCGGGUGCAGCUGAAUGCGCUCCUCGCUCUGAAGCAACGCGACGAAGCCAUGCUUUUUUGGGCGGCGCAGGUUGUGCAGUGCCACUACCGGCGCCACCAAGCGCGCAAGACUCUUGAAGCGCUCAAGGAAGCGCGCCGCACCGCGUGGAAGCAUAUGAUUGACAUUGACAACUCGCUCGAGAAAGGCGCCGGGGCUCCAUACUACUACAACCAGCUCAACUAUGAUGUGCGAUGGCGCAUGCCGGGCGAGCUUUUGACCGAGCUGCCACAGCCCAAGUGCGAUCAAUGCGAAAACGCAUCGAGUGCCGAGGUUGAGUGCGCCCACUGCGGCGAAUAUUUUUGCCUGCCGUGCUCGGACCGGAUCCAUGGACAUGGGAAACGCCACGCGCACAUGAUGCGUAAGCUGUACAACUACUAUCACCAACGCAUCGACUAUGGCGACGGCGAUUUUCCGUCGUGGUGGCCGUCCGAGUGUGAGCAGGACGCAUGGCGUCCGUGGGAUUUCAUCAUGGGCGUGCCGCUGGACGGCUACGAUGCACUCGUGCAAUGGAUAGAAGCCGAAAACUACCGACUCUUCCUCUUGCGCAACCCGUUGCUGGCAAGCGCCGAGGCCAGUUCCAAACUGCCGGCUGUCGACGAUGCGCCCAAGGACGUUGAGCCGAUGCAGGCGCCUAUGACUGUCCGCGCAGUCAACGAAGACUCGCGAGGCAAUCGAAUUGUGUUUGCGCCCAUCGGAAGCGAGACCGCCACGCCCGUUGACGCCGCGCCUGUCACCGCACCUGCCGACUUUGACGCUAGCUACGGCACCAAGUCCAAGCGUCGGAAGCGCCGGAAGCCGCUCGUCGCGCGCCAAAAGCAAAUCUUAAACAUGGAGUGAGGAGCGAAUUACUACUACAUGCAUACUCAUUUCACAACAACUCGCAUUUCAAAACAAAUGUGUUCAAA